CUCUCCCCAGGAUCUCGACUUUCCUUUAUCUCCUUUCUUUCUAAAAAUAAUAAAUAACAGAAACGAUAAAAAAAAGACAGGAUAGAAAUGACAAACAUUAUUCUUCAUAAGAAUUUUUUUUUCCUUUUUCCAUUUUCUUUAUUCUAUUUUCUCUAUUUAAAUGAACUUAGCCGAUAUGUAUAUAUGUUGGUUACAUAGUUAUAGAAUGUAAAUAUAAAUAUUAGUUUAAAAUUUUAAUUUAAAUUGUCCAAAUGACUAUCAUAUAUUUUCACUUAUCUCCAAGGCUUUUAAUUUAUACACAUACAAAUGAUGAAAAAAAUUUAUUUAUUCGUGCCUGACUGCGUAGUAUAAAAAUAAUUAAAAUUAUCUGAAUGUCAACCUUUUAAUUAUACAUUCAAGUGUAACUGCAAAUACACUUCCCUUCCCUAUCCCUUAUAAUUUAUACGAAAUACGUACAUGAUUUGAAAGGAAAUUGUUUAAGAAAUCAUUAUCGGCUAGGUUCAUACGAAUAUUUUCUCCCUACUUUCGGAACAUUUCAAAUCUGUUUCGAUCGGAAACGUCACAAAAGACUAUCACAAAAAAAAAUUAAGUAAGAAGAGAGUUUACUUUAAAGAUGUAUGCGUAUGUUCGAAUCGUUCAACAAUCGAGAUGAAGCCACUUACAACAAUCAUUGCAAGCGAUUCUGCAUAUCGCGGAAUCGAUUUAUCCGCUUGUCUAAAACAAAACAUCGAAAUUUGCCGUCUCGAAUAAUCAUUAAUAGUUAUCAGUACAAUUAAUAAUGCGUAGACAGACAGCGGCCACGACAACGAUCCGCGGGAUAAAUAAGGAGCGAAAAUAAACUGCAAUCAUUGUAGUAAUGUCUACGAGUAAUCGUUGCGAUGACGUGUCGAAAGUUAUGCGCGCGGCGUAAACAACGCAAUAUCGGUUGACAGCGGAAUACGGCGGAGCAACAUUGGAACGAGGCUACGAGGUGACGCAAGUGACACAGUGACAAGACAUUUAACGCGGACGCGUUGAUGACGGACGGACGGAUCUCCGUGAAGCUGGCUGGGCCGUCGCGAAACCGUCAGCUGACAUCAGGUUGAUCAGCUGCCUACAUAUCAACAAUCGCAUCAUGUUUGCCGUGACCUGCUUUAAUUUUGUUGCAAUUAUGCUGAUAUGUAAUGUCACCGCCGCCGCUGCCGCCGCGCGACCGAACAUCUUGUUGAUCAUCGUGGAUGAUCUGAGGACCACUUUGGGAUGCUACGGCGACGUCAACGCGUACACGCCGAAUAUAGAUGCCCUGGCUGAGAACGGCAUCGUUUUCACCGAAGCAUUUGCACAGCAAGCGUUAUGCGCGCCUAGUAGGAAUUCCUUUUUGACGGGCAAAAGACCGGACACCCUCCGACUUUACGAUUUUUAUAGCUACUGGCGCGAUGCAGCGGGCAAUUACACCACGUUGCCGGAGCAUUUGAAAAACAAUGGAUAUACCACAAUGUCCAUAGGGAAGGUGUUUCAUCCAGGCAUAAGCUGUAACGGAUCCGACGACAGUCCCUAUUCGUGGACCGAGAAACCUUUCCAUCCGUAUACAGAUCGAUACAAAAAUGCUCCGGUCUGCAGGACGAUUCCGCAAUCGGAGGCGGCAACGAAUCUCAUAUGCCCGGUGCGCGUCUCGACAAUGCCGAACAAAACGUUACCCGAUCUUGAGACGUUACGAGAGGCGAGAAGAUUCGUACAUGAGCAUAGGAAAGAUGUUGUUCCCUUCUUUCUGGCCGUUGGCUUUCAGAAGCCUCACGUGCCUCUAAAGUAUCCUGAGCACUAUUUAAAAUAUCAUCCUUUACGAAAAUUCACGAUACCUGAACCGUAUUUAUGGCCGAACAACGUAAAUGACGUUGCUUAUAAUCCCUGGACCGAUCUCCGUUGGAGAAAAGACGUGGCAAAGUUAAAAUUAAAAUUUCCAUGGGAGAGAAUGCCAAAAAGGUUUGCUAAGCGAAUUAUCCAAUCGUACUACGCAGCCGUGUCUUAUAUCGAUAAUAUGAUCGGUAAGCUUAUACAUCAGCUACACACUUCGAUGAUCCGAGAAAAUACUAUUGUAAUAUUAACAUCCGAUCACGGUUGGGCACUUGGAGAACAUGCUGUCUGGUCUAAAUAUAGUAAUUUCGACGUUACCGUGCAUGUACCUUUGAUAAUGUCAAUUCCAAAGGUUACAUCUGAUUUCGAUAUGAAUUACGACGCUAUACCUAUAGAUCGUAUGCGGUACAAUGCGCAGAUUACAAACAGUCGGAAUAAAACGGAAAAUAAAAUCAACUCGAGAUACACAUCAAAUGCGGGAGAGGUCGAUGUGCCGAAUACAAGUACAGAAUAUGCAAAGAAAUAUAAAAAAACUGUCUCGGGAGCGUAUAUCCGACGAGGGCACGAUAAAUCUGCGAGCGGUGCGUUACACUCUAAAAAGCACUGUCGCAAAGUCACAGACGCUAUCGUGGAGCUCGUCGAUAUAUUUCCGACGAUCGCGGAUCUGGCGGGCGUCCCCAUACCGAUAUGCCAAGUUAACAGUACGUACGAUCGUUCGAGAGGUACUCAGGCUCGAAAAGAGAUGCCCGAUCCUUGUGGCGAGGGUAUUACACUCUUACCGCUUAUAAAAAGUAUCCUAAAAUGUCAGAGCGUAUCUUGGAAAAAGGCGGCGUUCAGUCAGUAUCCAAGACCAGGAAUUCAACCUACCCUCCAUCCCAACAGCGACAAGCCCCGCUUAAGAGAGAUAAACAUAAUGGGCUAUACUUUGAAAACCGGCGAUUAUCGUUACACCGCCUGGGUACCGUUUGCACAUACGACAUGCAAACCGGACUGGAACGUUACUAUUGCGGAAGAAUUGUACGAUCACAAAAUUGACAGGGCGGAAGAUUUUAAUAUAGCAGCCUCGCCGAAAAUGUUAGAAACAAAACAAUAUCUCAGAACGUUGCUAAAAGAUGGAUGGAGAAGCGCUCUUCCAAAAUAUUAAAAUCAUACUACGUUUUGAUGUUACAAUGCAAUGCAGUGAACGAUACCUUAUAUCUCUCUAUUUUAAAUGUUUAAAAGAUUUCUCUGUCUGUGUGUGUGGGUGUGGGGCGUGCAAUUAAUAAAUUACAUGAAUAUGUAUUAAAAUUAAAAAGUUAUGCUUUAUGAAUAUAAUCAAUCGUAACUUAUUUUAUGAUAAAAAAUUGCUAAUAAAAUUACGGAACAUUUGUUACCACAAUAUAUGCAUGUUAACUAUAAAAAAUGUUUGGAAAACAGGUAUUAUUAUUUACACCCAACAAUUAAAGACAGAAAACAAAAAUCAAUUCUAUUCUAAUAGUAGAGAUUCUAACAAACUGUAAAAUAUAAAGAUCUUUUAAGUGACUUUUACGUAAAGCCUCACUGUGCAUUUUUUGUAAUACAUAUAAACUAUACGGUUCUUUUUUUUAAUUCUUCUUUUGCUUACACAAACUAAAGCCUCGCUAUAAUGUAAAUGUUUAACAUGCUCGCUAUGUAAACGUGAUAUAUGCUUCCUCACAAAUGUAUUUGAGUGUGCAGGGUGAGGCACUGCAAACAUGCCACCUGAAUAACUUUACAUAUUUGACAAGA